UCACCUCAGCGAAGCUUUUCAACUUCUAACUCCAAAGUUCAAACGCAUACAGCUCUGCGUCUCUGUGCGAAUUCAUGGCAAUACAACAGCUCAAAGUAGAAGAACUCCGAACCCAACUCGGCCAACGCGGACUCAGUACCACCGGAACCAAACCCACUCUGGUUCGAAGACUCGGAGCAGCGCUACGCAAAGAAAACAAGCAAUCAGCGGGUGCAGACGAUGGUUUGUCAGCCAAUAAGAAGAGAGAUAGAGACUCGGAAAAUGGGGAUUCAAUUGGGUCCCAGCAGAAAAUCAUGGCCGUUGAGAAGUUUAGAGAAAUGGGCAUUCAGCAAUUGCGUCAACAAGCUGCUCUUCGUGGCAUUUCCGCAACUGGGUCUAAAAAAGAACUCAUAGAAAGACUCUCUAAAGAUUCAAACCACGAUUUACAGGACUGUCCUCAAGCUGAUGAAGAAGAACGUGAAAGCAAGGAGGAGAAGAUUGUAACAGCAACCAAAAAGGGUGCGGCAGUGCUGGAUCAAUGGCUUCCAGAUGACAUAAAGGCCCAUUACCAUGUUUUGCAGCUGGGUGAUGAAAUAUACGAUGCCAUGUUGAACCAGACAAAUGUUGGGGAUAAUAAUAAUAAAUUUUACGUGAUUCAAGCUCUUGAAUCUGAUGAUGGCAGCGCAUUCAUGGUUUACAAUAGGUGGGGGAGAGUAGGUAUAAAGGGUCAAGACAAGUUAUUUGGUCCUUAUACAUCACGUGACAGUGCAAUCCAGGAGUUUGAACAGAAAUUCUUUGCCAAGACCAAGAACCACUGGUCCACUCGAAAAGAGUUCAUUUGCCACCCAAAGAGUUAUACUUGGUUGGAAAUGGAUUAUGGUGAGCAGGAAAAAGAAUCAGAUGUCAAAGAAAAGCCUGACUCUGCUUUAGGAAUUCAACCUCGGGAAACACAACUUGAGGCACGUGUUGCAAAAUUUAUCUCUCUUAUCUGCAAUGUCAGCAUGAUGAAGCAGCAAAUGAUGGAAAUUGGAUACAAUGCUAAUAAGCUGCCACUUGGAAAGCUGAGCAAAUCAACAAUUAUGAAGGGUUAUGAUGUCCUGAAGAGGAUUGCUGAUGUGAUUGGCCAAUCUGAUAGGAGAAAACUUGAGCAAUUAAGUGGAGAAUUCUACACUGUUAUUCCCCAUGACUUUGGAUUUAAGAAAAUGCGUGAAUUUGUAAUUGACUCUCCUCAGAAGUUGAAACACAAGUUGGAAAUGGUUGAGGCCCUGUCUGAAAUUGAGGUUGCAACAAAGCUGUUGAAAGAUGACACUGGAACAGAGGGCGACCCCUUGUAUUCUCAUUACCAACGGCUUCAUUCUGAACUGUCACCUCUUGAAGUUAAUUCUGAGGAAUUCUCUAUGGUUGCAAAAUAUAUGCAGAACACUCAUGCAAAAACACACUCAAAUUACACUGUGGACAUUGUUCAAAUAUUCAGGGUAUCAAGAGAGGGUGAAUCUGAACGCUUCAAAAAGUUUAACAGUGUGAAGAAUAGAAUGCUCUUAUGGCAUGGUUCUCGGCUGACAAAUUGGACUGGCAUUUUAUCCCAAGGUUUGCGCAUAGCUCCACCUGAAGCACCUGUAACAGGUUACAUGUUUGGGAAGGGUGUUUACUUUGCUGACAUGUUCUCCAAAAGUGCAAAUUAUUGCUAUGCUUCUCAUGGUUCCAAGGCUGGUGUGCUGCUUUUGUGUGAGGUAGCUCUGGGUGACAUGGCUGAGCUUCUAAGUGCAAAAUAUGAUGCUGAUAAGUUGCCAGAGGGGAAGCUAAGUACAAAAGGUGUUGGAGGUACUGCACCAGAUCUCUCAGAAGCUCAAACACUUGAGGAUGGUGUUGUUGUUCCCCUCGGAAGAGCUAAACAUAUGGACCAUAAGGGUGAUUUAUUAUACAACGAAUACAUAGUUUACAAUGUCGAUCAGAUUAGAAUGCGCUAUAUCAUUCAAGUGAAUUUCAAUUUCAAGUUAUGACUGGUAUCGGAAGGUGAUUCCAUUUUGCAGAUUUGCUAGCUGGGAAAGGGGGGCUUCUUUUCUUCGUCUUUCUAGGGGGUGGGGUUGCCAAUGUGAACAAAAAGAAUGUGCCAUACCUAGCGCUUGAAUGUAAUAUGAUAUGAAAAUGAGUUGUAAAUAUGUCUCUUACAGAUGUGAUUUUCAGCUUAAUUCAUGGGUUAUCAUAUCUUCUUUAAAAGAUUUUAAAUGAA